CCCCGGAAGUAUUUCUUUCUCAGAGAAGGAAGUUGCUGUUGGUGUCGGGGUGACCAGGAUCAGUUUGCAAAAUGAAAGUGGUGGGUGGAGUUUGAGGGUUAACAUCUGAUUUGAGUUCUCUACCUUCCCUCCCUUUAUAUUUCGGUCCGUCUCGAACCCCCUUGAAUGGAGCUGCUGGAUGGCGUCUGGCUGCGCUCCACCCAAACUAGAGGAGUUCAUUCUCACAGAGAAACUGGGCAGUGGUACCUACGCCACUGUAUACAAAGCCUACAGAAAGGUGAACAGUCGCGAGGUCGUGGCCAUUAAGUGUGUGAGUAAAAAAAGUUUGAACAAAGCCUCGGUGGAGAACCUGCUGACUGAGAUCGAAAUCUUGAAGACGGUCAGGCAUCCUCAUAUUGUGCAGCUGAAGGAUUUUCAAUGGGACAGCGAGAACAUUUACCUGAUCAUGGAAUUCUGUGCUGGCGGCGAUCUCUCCCACUUCAUCCGCACUCGCAGGGCGCUUCCCGAAGGAGUGGCCAGGCGCUUUCUGCAGCAGCUGGCAUCAGCUCUCCAGUACCUCCACGAGCGAAACAUCUCUCACCUCGAUCUGAAACCACAGAACAUUCUGGUCAGUUCCCGGAGCACCCCUCACCUCAAACUUGCUGAUUUUGGCUUUGCUCAGCACAUGUCCCCUUGGGACGAGAAGCACAUUCUGCGUGGAUCCCCACUCUACAUGGCACCGGAGAUGGUGUGUCGCCAACAGUACGAUGCUCGCGUGGAUCUGUGGUCAGUGGGCGUCAUCCUGUAUGAGACUUUGUUCGGACGCCCGCCCUUCGCAUCAAAAUCGUUCACUGAGCUGGAGGAGAAAUUCCGCAGCAACAAGGCCAUCGAGCUUCCUCCAGGCACCCGGGUCUCAAGAGAAUGCAGGGAUUUACUGCUCCGGCUGCUAGAGAGGGAUCCGGAACGGAGAAUAACCUUUGAGGAAUUCUUUACGCACCCGUUUGUGGACCUGGAUCACAUGCCGAGUGCGGAGAGCCUGGAGAAGGCGACUGCGUUGGUUGUGGAUGCUGUGAAGAAGGAUCAGUCGGGGGACCUGUCUUCUGCUCUCUCCCUCUAUUGCAAGUCACUGGAGUACUUUGUUCCUGCGCUGCACUAUGAAUCAGACCGACGACGGAAGGCAGCCAUCAGGUCAAAGGUAACUCAGUACCUCUCCAGGGCAGAGGAGUUGAAGUUAUUGGUCGCCAAGAGCAACAGGGCUAACUUUGAACAGGCCAAGUCGGCGAGAGAUAUACUGAAAGAAAUGUCCCAGGACAAGCCGCGACUCCUGGCUGCAUUGGAAAUUGGUUCUGUUGCCAUCGCCAAGGACGAAGAAGGUGAUGAUUCGGAAGAGACUCUAGACCUUUAUCAACAGAGUCUCGGGGAACUCCUGCUCAUGUUGGCGAGUGAGUCGAUCUGUCCAGAGGGAGGUGAACCUCAGGGCAGAAGACGAACGAUUUUGCAUAAAGAGGUUCAGAACCUCAUGAGCCGAGCUGAAUACCUGAAGGAACAACUCAAGAUGAGAGAGACUCAGAAAGAGGCAGCUACUAUGGACCAGGAUCCUUUCUCGGAGUCUGUCAAAAGCACAGUCCCUCAGAGCAAGGAGGGUGUCUGUCGUAGAGGAACGAGAAGGAAAGAGGAAGACAGAGAAAAAAGGAAGCGAGGGAAUAAGAAAGGAGAAGAGAGAGAAAGAAAUGGAAAGAGGAAGAAAGAGGAUGAGAAAGGAGAAGAGGAAGAGAGACAGAGGCUUUGAAAGAGCGGGGUGAAGUCACUGAAAGGAAACAGGUUGUUCACUCCAGUGAUCACAUGCAUCAAUUUCACUUUGAUGCUGACAUCUGGCUGCUGUCUUCCCUGGGUGAGGUCCAAGAACUCCUGGACGUAACUCUGAGGAUAUUGAAUCACAAUCUCUUGACUGAAGCAAUGAUGACUACCACAAAUCAUAUUGGUACAAGAGUCUUUCUGGAAAACAGUUUUAUGCUUGCACUUUAGAAGAAAAUCGCAGAACUUGAAUAUUGCUGAACAGAGACACAUCAUCGAAGGUUUUCACCUUGCGGUCAUCAGGACGAGAGCAAGAAUGCCAAAUUUCAAACAAUCACAAGUUUAUAUUACAGGAGAAAAGGAUGCCCAUUGGUUGACAAGUCAAGUCCAGCUGAGGUGCUGCCCUCAAGAUAGCAACAAAGAUCAGUAUGAUUCCCCGAAAUCCCAGCUGGUUCAGAAAGGUGCGAGGCUUGAACAUGUUCCUUUUGUUUGCAGAUAGUAGAUUCAUGUGAAUGAAUAUACAUCCCCAUUUGCAAGUGUAAAUGAGCCAUGUUAUGAGUCCGAUUCUCUUAAUUUGAUUGCCUAAGUUUGCUGUAAGAGUAGCUAUUAGCGUACUCUGGAUCGCUCCGCAGCUGCCCCUCCAUGGAAUUACAUCUAACAGAGGUUCUGCAUUGUGUUUGGAGGUGGUGGAGGGCUGAGUUUGGUCUGUAUCUGCCUAUUAAAAAUGAAUGGAGCAUGCUGUUUGAUUCAAUCUGCUAAAUUGCUGGAACAUACAGCCCAUGAACCUGGCACUGAAAUGCUACUUCGUCUCACGUCAUAUAAAUUAAUGCAAUCGUUGAAAUUUUGGCAUUCUUGCAUUUGUCCUGAUGAAAGUAAGAGGAAAAGCUUUGGCGAUAAGUUGCUCUUCCACAAUCACAGUCCAGAUGUUUAACCUUUCAUGGGUACAAGGUAAUAUUUGUGCUCCUUGAACAGUCCUGUUUAAUUUUGGCCUAGAUUAGACUGCUGAAUUUGGAAAUGAACUCCCUGCUGCUUUCUGGUCAUGGCUGCUGUUAAUCAUUCUGUUUCGCCUUACAUGUGUGGGAUACUUGUGUCCAUUGGUUGGAUGCGGAAAUGCAGAUAUCAAGUCACCAUCCAGACAACAAGAUUAACCAGUUUAGAAAAAGAGAGAAUUUGCAAAUAAAUGGUACUGCACUAUAUACAUCCCAAACCUUGCAAUGCAGUACCUUUUUGAAGUCUAACCAGAAUGGCUCCAACUGGCAUUACUGACUAAAUUCUUUCUGACGCGCGAGAGAAUUUGCCACACUUCCAAGAAGAAAUUCUAAAAGGUCCUUAAAGAUUUGUCCAGUUCCAGCAUUAGUUUCACUGUUUCUUGACAUUAUGUCUACUCUAACGCUACAUUUUCGGCUUAAUGUUGAUAACCUAUUUCAGUCUUGUAUGUUUUUCUCUGAGUACCAGGGUUCCUGGAUGGUGAGGGGUAGUCCAGUGGUAUCCAUUCAAUUCCACACAUCCUGCCAUCCUCGCACUCUGCACCCCUGCCCCAGUUACUUAUUGAUUGAAAUUGCUUGUGUGUCCUGCCAACCCUUUUUGUGGGAGAGGGGUGGGGUUCGGUUUUGCUGUAAUCCUGAGUAUACUGGUACCUGUAGGAAAGCUGACUGGGAAUUGAUGGGAAUUCUGCUCCGAGAAGUUCUCGUGUUUCUGGAAUUUACCCAGUGACAGGCAGGAACUAAAAAAAACCUACUGGCCCUUCCAACCUAUCCCUCAUAAUCAGGGUAUCUCUUGAUAAACUCACUCCACAUGCCUCCUGUACUCACCUGGUCUCCUGGGAGAAGUGAGAAAAACAUACAAUAUAUAAGAAUGGGGAAAGACUAUCUUGCAACACCCUUUUGAAGUGAUCAGGAUGAGUGCAGCAGACCACGGAUCAUCAUUACCAGGUACCUGUCUCCUGUGCAUAUAUAGCUAUAGCUUGAAGAGGAGGAGACCAUUCAGGCCUGCCAGCCUGUACCAUCAUUCAGUUAGAUCACGGCUGCACUGGGAGGUUUUUAUUUUGAAAUGCAAUCUGAUAAGCUUCAUCAACAUAAUUUCCACUAUCCUGCCCACCGCCUCAGCCACCUAGAAAGCACUCGCCUUACUCCACACCUGUUCAGGGUGGAGGGGAACAUAACAUAGGAGCAGGCGGCGACACUGUUUUAUCUGUUAAUCUGGCCAUUUCUCUCCCCUUCUCCACAUUACCCAAGAAGCAAUCUUGGCAUCUUCUUUGCUUUACGAAGGGGGUGGUGGUGGGGUGGGGGGGCGGGAGGUGAAUUCUUUGCUCAAUUCAUUUGGUUCCAUCUCUCAUUUGGAGCCACAGCUUUCAAAGCCAGAAUGACGAAACUCAAGCCCCAAUGAAAUGCCCUGGGAGAUGGAACUGAGUUUAACAUCGCUGGUCAUUGUAGUUAAACAUUUCAAAUUUACAAAUAAGUUAACGUGACCUCUUGUAAACAGAAUGUUGUUUAGCCUGUGAAGCAGUUUGUACAUGUAAUGUAGCAAAUCAGUUUUAUGAUAGCUUAUGUUUCUUGUAAGUUUUUUUUUGUUACUGACUCCAGUAAUGUUAAUGCUCUGAAUAGUUUUACCUUACUGUCUAGAAAUAAUUUAAGGGCUGAUUCAAAUGUUUCCUCUUGCACUGAAUUUUAGAAAUUGAAAUUUAAACAUGUGUGUCCUAAUGACCUGAUUGAGGUCAUGGAAGGUUUGAUAUGUGUUUAUCCAUUUUUUUCCUGAAAUGUAUCAGAGCUGCUCAUCCGUCCUAUUCUACUUGGGCAACAAGUGUCUGUUGAAUUA